CCCACGUUCAUUCUCUCUGCAUCUGGAGACUAAGCAAAAGACAAAUAUACACCAUAGGGGUGGUGAGAAUCCCUUUAAGGCUUACAGUGCUGCUCCUCAAACAUUUUGGCUGACUCCUGCUUGAUAAACUCCUGGAAGUGAAAAGCUGAGACCCACAAGUGAUCCAGGGAUUCACGUCACUCCAACAUGCCUUCUUCUGUCUAACUACUCCCUGGAGAUAACUACAACAAUGUGACCACUCGAAUCGAUCAGAACCAUGUGACCUGCUAUUAUGGAUACGAGGAAAGGCUUACACUGAAUUAAAACUCAUCCAGUCACAAUGGUUCUACUUUUGUUUGUCACGACAACAACAGCAAACAAUUCCACAACAGUGAACAACAACAGUAAUGACGAAACCACAGGUAACCAAUACAUCAUCUCCACUGUGCUGGUUGUGUUCCUGCUGGUGCUCAUCAUCGCACUGCUAGCCUGGUACUUCCUCAGGUUAAAAAACCAGAGGAAAGCUGUAGUCACAACAGUUGACAAGAAGAUACCAAAUGGCAUCCUGGAGGAACAAGAGCUUGGACACAGUACUGAGUCGUUAUACACCAUUAUACCACCAGAGCAACAGACGGUGGUUCUUCUGCCCAGAUCCUCUUCUGCCUCCAAGACAUACUUGCCCAUCCCAGUUGACCACCUAGAGGAGGAAUACAGGCUCCGCUCAGCUGAUGAUGGCAAGCUGUUCAGGGAGGAGUACAAUUCCUUGCCAGGGGGUAAUCCCCAAGGGACAUACGAAGAAGCAAACAAGGAAGAAAAUAAGGAGAAGAACAGAUACCCCAACAUCCUUCCCUAUGAUCAUUCUAGAGUGGUGUUAACAGAGCUGGAGGGAAAUCCCUGUUCAGACUAUGUGAAUGCCUCUUACAUUGAUGGUUUCACGGAAAAGAACAAAUUCAUAGGCGCACAAGGUCCAAAAGAAGACACCGUAGCAGAUUUCUGGCGGAUGAUUUGGGAGCAGAAAGUAUCAACCGUUGUUAUGUUGACAAAUCUGAAAGAAAGAAAAGAAGACAAAUGUUACCAGUACUGGCCAGACCAGGGUUGUUGGACUUACGGAAAUGUGAGGGUAGCGGUCGAUGACUUCACAGUCCUGGUGGAUUACACCAUACGCAAGUUCUGUGUGCAAUAUCAGGCCAGUGACGCCGCUAAGACUCCCCGCCUGGUCACCCAGCUCCAUUUCACCAGCUGGCCUGACUUUGGAGUUCCUUUCUCGCCAAUUGGAAUGCUCAAAUUUCUCAAAAAGGUCAAGUCAGUAAAUCCAGACUUCGCUGGGCCCAUUGUGGUCCACUGCAGUGCUGGUGUUGGGAGGACGGGAACCUUCAUUGUAAUAGAUGCCAUGAUUGAAAUGAUGCACGCAGAGCAGAAAAUUGACGUAUUUGGGUUUGUCUCCAAGAUACGAGAGCAGCGCUCGCAACUCAUCCAGACAGAUAUGCAGUACUCAUUCAUCUAUCAGGCCUUGCUUGAAUACUACCUCUAUGGAGACACAGAACUGGAUGUUUCUUCUCUGGAAGGUCAUCUGCAGAAACUGCACAACACCUUUAAUGAUGGUGAUCGGAUUGGCCUGGAGGAAGAGUUUAAGAAACUGACUAACAUGCGCAUAAUGAAAGAGAACAUGAGAACAGGAAACCUCCCAGCCAACAUGAAGAAGAACAGAGUUCUGCAAAUUAUUCCCUAUGACUUCAACAGAGUAAUUCUUUCCAUGAGAAGAGGUCAAGAGUACACAGACUAUGUCAAUGCGUCUUUUAUAGAUGGCUACAGACACAAGGACUACUACAUUGCCACACAGGGCCCUCUGCAGCACACAGUGGAGGAUUUUUGGAGAAUGGUGUGGGAGUGGAAAUGUCACUCCAUAGUCAUGCUCACUGAGCUCCAGGAGAGGGAGCAGGACAAAUGUUGCCAGUACUGGCCGACAGAGGACUCAGUCUCCUAUGGAGACUACACAGUAGAGCUAAAGGGAGACACCCUGUGUGAAACCUUUAGCCUACGAGACUUGGUACUCACCUUUGUUCCGGAGAAGCAGACAAGGAUGAUCAGGCACUUCCACUUCCACGGCUGGCCAGAGAUCGGAAUCCCGGCCGAGGGGAAAGGCAUGAUCGACAUUAUCGCCGCAGUGCAGAAACAGCAGCAGCAGUCUGGGAACCACCCCAUUGUUGUACACUGCAGUGCUGGUGCAGGGCGAACAGGUACGUUCAUUGCACUGAGCAAUAUCUUGGAGCGAGUCAAGGCAGAAGGCCUGCUGGACGUGUUUCAAACUGUGAAGAGUUUACGCAUGCAGAGGCCUCACAUGGUCCAAACAGUGGAACAAUAUGACUUCUGCUACAGGGUGGUACAAGACUUUGUUGACAUUUUCUCAGACUAUGCCAAUUUUAAAUGAUGAGAUUUGCCUUAAACACGGUUUUUAAAUGUUGUUUUCUAAAGCCAGUUUGUCAGUUUUAUGCGUUUCCUUAACUUGGUUAAAAUAAUCUUCUAUUUUGCUAUGCACUUGUCCUACCAUUAACUCCAGCUCCUUUCUCGCUGUAAUAUAUGGUAUGUCAGUCGAUGAGAAUUGUAAAUGAAAAAGCUAGAUUAAUAAUGUAUAUUUCACAACAUGUAUGAUCAUUUCUUCAUCAUGAAGUGUUGUUUCAGAGUCCGAUUUUAGUUUUGUUGUAUAAUAUUGUACUUUAAAUGUUUGUGUUAUUUUGGAUUGACCACAUAAUAUUUUUAAAAGCUGUAGUUAUUG